GAUGAGCAGGUUGGUAGAGRACCAACGUAGUAUUUACCAAUAUGGCGGAAGAAGAAGAGAAAAAGGACAAAACAUCGUCAAACAGCUACUCCGAUUCAGCCGGAGAAACAAUUAAACACAUCGAUCGCUUGGUAUUGCUUCAUUUUUUCGUCGUCUUCGUCUCAAGUUUCGCCCUUGGUUUGCUGUUUCUUCAYUCUUCGCUAACUUUUUGGAGAACACAGUUUGAAGGAAACGGGUAUUACGAAAACCUUUUUUACAGCGGAUCAAGUCAAUCACAGUUCCUCCCAAAGGAUAACACAGUUAGCAUGGUAUCCUACAACGUCAAUUCUACCUUCUCACUUGUCCGAUGAUACCAGAGGAGAACGAGGACAUAAUUUAAAAUGCAUAAACAAUAUGGACAAGAAAUUCAAAGAAAAUCUAAUGGAAAAAAGGAACAGUAAAUCCUUACCAUUUCAACUAACUACAUAAGUUAAAAUUGAAGAUAACAUCUGUACUUGAAGCAAGCACUGUGCACRUGUGUUAACCUUUGCUCAAGGACCAUUUGUCCGAGGCGAAGGCCAGCAAAUAAAUUAUUGUUUAAGCAA